AUGGCGGCCAAGGGGCCGGAGCCGGGCCGGGACACGUCCCUGGUGUCCCUGUACCGCUGGCUGGACACGGUGCCACUGUCGCGGCCGCGCAGGAACAUCGCCCGCGACUUCAGCGACGGGGUGCUGGCGGCCGAGGUGGUGAAGUUCUUCUUCCCCUCCCUGGUGGAGCUGCACAGCUUUGUCCCCACCAGCUCCACGGCGCAGAAGGCCGCCAACUGGGGCCACCUCAACAGGAAAGUGCUGAGCAAGCUGAACCUGCGGCUCCCCGAGGAGAUGAUCCAGGCGCUGGUGCGGAGCCGGCCGGGAACGGCCGAGCAGCUCCUGCAGCUCCUGAGGGACAAAAUCCUCCAGAGGCAGAGGAACAGCAAGGGAGGGGGCGGGAAGGGCUCAGUGCUGUCCCCACGGCCGUGUCCCCGCGCCAGGGUGGUGACAGUGCCAGCGCAGCCCGGGGCUGGCCCUGGCGACAUGCGACAGCAGCUGGCGGAGCGCGAGCAGGCGCUGCAGCUGGCGCGGGACACGAUCCAGAUCCUGCAGGCCAAGGUGGGGCGGCUGGAGCAGCUCCUGCUCCUCAAGAACCUCCGCAUCGACGAGCUGAGCCGGCGGCUGCAGCAGCUCCAGGGCCAGCGCCGCUGACAGGCGACAGCGACACGGCUGGCACCGCGGGGACAGCCCGGGGACGGCCUGGGGACAGCCUGGGGACAGCCAGGGG